GGGGGCGACGGGGACACCUGGGCGGGCCCGGGACACCAGGGAGCCCACGGGGGGACAGGGGACACCGCGACCGACCCCUGAGGCCUCAGGGAGCCCGGGAGGGGACGGGGGGACACCGGGACGGCCCGCUGGGAUGCCGCGGAGCCCAGGAGGACCCGGCCCCACACCCACCUCCCCCCAUCGUGGCCCCGCGCUCAGCCCCCAGUGGGCCUGGGGGGCUGGGGAGUGAGGCCCCCCCGUCCCUGUCCCCCCUUCCUGCCGCGGGGGCGGAGGUGUGAGGGAGGAAGGGGGGUGGCGAACCCACACGCUCCAUUUUAAGGGCUUUUUGGGUUUCGGCGGCGCUGACUGGCGCAGCCGUCCCCACAGCCCACACGGCGGGCUAUAAAAGCCGUCAGGGUGGGACACGCCGGUUGUCACCCGCUGUCACCCGCUGUCAGCCUCUCGAGUGGGCUCGCCAUGGCUGCCGCCUUCCUCUUGGUGCUGGUGGCGGUGGGAGCGGCGCAGGCUGCUGUCCCUGAGCCCUGCCGGGGUGGCCCCGCAUCCUGGUGCCAGGACAUGGCCACCGCCAUCCAGUGCCACCGGGAGCAGUACUGCCGCGAUCUCUGGGACAGCCUGGCCCUGGGGGACGUGGCCGAAGGGGACGUGGCCGAAGGGGACGUGUUGGGGCCAGGCAGGGGGAAGAAGUGCAGCCUGUGCACCAAAAUCCUGCAGCAGAUCAAGGCGAUGGCGGGCGACGACCCUGACGAGGCGGCGGUGGAGAAGGUGUUGGGCAAGGCCUGCCGGGCGCUGGGCAGGCGGCUGAGCCGAGUCUGCAAGUGGCUGGUGAAGAAGUACCGGGAGGAGAUCAGCGAGGCGCUGCAGAACGGAGACCAGCCCGAGGACACCUGCGCCGCCAUCGGCGUCUGCAAGGCCUGAGCCCGGUCAGCACCCGCCCCGUGUCCUGCAUCCCCCAUCCUGCACCCCACAGCCUGCAUCCUGCAUCCCGCCCCCUGCGCCCCGCGCCCCACAUCUGGCAUCCUGCACCCCCUGCCCCCCCGCCCCGUGUCCUGCAUCCCAUAUCCCGCACCCCAAACCCAGCACCCCACGCCUGCCCCAGGGGUAGGAGGGCACCUGGGGGUCCUGGGCCUCCAGGAGGGAACCUGCCUGCACCCCCACAGGGUAGGGGCAAGAUGGAGACCCCAAAAUGCAUCCUGGAGAGGGGGCAAGGUUGGAGGAGCCACUUUUGCUGGCGCCUCAGCUGGUGGUGACGGUGGCCCCCGACUUACCGCUCCUUCCUUGUCUCCACAGGGCUCAGCCCCGCAGCUGGCCCCAAGUGCCACCCUCCAAACCCCUGACCCUCUCCCAGCCCCACCUACCACCCCAAAGCCUGGAUCCCCCUCCCCAUGCAAUAAAGCACCACGCCCCAGGCUACCACGUCUCCUGGGGACAGUGGCCCUGCUGUC